UGGUCGUUUGUGUCUGUUCUGUUCUGUUCGUUCGUGUGUUGUGACUUGUGGUGACAGGUGACUAGACUAUUUCGCAUUCAAAAUUUCCUUUUCUUUUAAGUAAGUAGGCCGUAGGCCUAAGUAGUUGGUUUUUAUUGUCGUGGUGCGAGAAUAAGAAAUAUAUGUUGUGGUAAAUUUUGUAGCAAAAUAUAUUGCCCUAUCACUUAGACACACUUUUCGUUUUUGACAUUGUAUUUAAACAUUUUUCCCCUUAUACUUUUAGCGUAUAACUAAGCCUAAGUCUUCCUAUGUACAAAUUGGCCUAGCUAUAAAUUAGUUAUUUCUAAAAGUCCUCCAGUUUGCAGUUGAGAUGGAACAUUUAUGUUGCCUUGAUUGAAAAUGAAUGGAGACUUCAUACGUUACCGUGGGCUGGUUGCUGUGGCAGUUGGUGCUGGUGUUAUGAUAGGUGCUGCCAGUGUCUUCCUAUAUCAACAGUUAUUUGGUGAACGCAGACGUCUUUUGCUCCAAGAGGAUAUUUCUCAGCUGGGUGAAACUGUUGCAGAAAUUCGUAGAGAGCUUGACACUUUAAGAGUUCUGCAAAUUCAGAGGAAGAGCCGCAACUCCAAAAGACUGUUGGGAGCUGCCAGCAUCACGACUGAGGCUGAAACUGAGAUGUUCUCUGUUGUUGGUGGAGACGAAGUUGAUGACGAGUUUUUUGAUUUUUCCUCAGAUAACGAAAACAUGGCAGAAGAAAACAAAGACUCCACAUUUGAUGAGAUCGACACUCUCCUGGAAGGGAGUUCACGAGAAGACAAAACAAAGGGUUACGGUCUGCUGCUAGAACUUCUUGAUAAGGACCUAGAAAACCCUGAGAUCCUUUGGAGGAUGACCAAGGCUUGUCACAUGAUGGGAUCCUUGAACGGAGCUGAAGGAGAUAAGGACAAAAUGAAAGAGUUUGUUUACAAAGGAGUGGACUACGGACAAAAAGCCAUAGAGAUUGACGCUGAGAACUGGAAAGCACAUAAGUGGUUUGCCAUCUGCGUGGGAGCCAGGGGCCAGCUCCAGAGUGUAAAGGAAAAGUUACGUGACGGACAUGUGUUCAAGGAACAUGUAGACAAGGCCAUCAAGAUCAAUCCUCAGGAUGCGACACUACAUCAUCUAUGUGGCCGAUUCAACUACGAGGUUGCUGGUCUAUCCUGGCUAGAGAAGAAAGUGGCCAAUACACUGUUUGGAGAAGUUCCUCCAGGAACUUAUAAACAAGCGAUUGACUCUUUGUUAGAAGCGGAGAAACUCAACUCUACGGCCUGGAAGGAAAAUCGGCUCCUUCUAGCUAAAUGCUACGUUGGAGAGAAGAAUUAUCAAGAAGCACUGGAAUGGCUUGAUAAAGCCAAGGAAAUCCCUGCUGCAAGCGCCGAGGAAAAGAACGCCGAUAAAGAAAUAGAUUCUUUAUUGAAGAAGUACAAUUCUUACCGAGGGUUAAUGACAUGAACUACCAACCAAGUAUUAGUGAAAUAAUCAAACCACCAUAAUUUAGUUAAAAAAUAGUUUACAUUUUGAAGUUGUCAACCUCUUGUCAUUGUACCAUUAGUUUUUUCAAUCAUUUAUUUGUUGUUUCAUAAUGUUUUGAGUUGGAAGAACUCUUACAUAAUAUGUCAGCUCUAAAGGCUGUAUGUUUUUGAGUUCUUACUCAGGUAUUUAUUUAUUCGAGUUUUUGAUAAAAAUAAUCUUUUGUUCAAAACUAAGCUAUCUGAGACUUAUUUAAAGCAGUAUGAAUCCCACUAAACUUUAUUAAAGCAUAUUAAGAUGUCGAGCUAUGUUUUUAUAUAGGUUUAAACAUAUCGACUAAAGAAAACUCUCUUCAAGCAAUCACAUUCAUUAAAAAAUAAAAAAUAGUCUUGACAAUAUUCGGCAGCUUUAUUUUAUCCAUAGAUUACUCCCCUAACCCAAGAAUGGACUUUUCUAAAUUUUUAAGUGACAUCAAUAAAUAAUCACUAUUAAUAAAACUAAACAGUUGUGAACCAUGUUCAUUUAAUCAAAGAAGUGCAAGUCUGUGACAAAUGCCAAAAACAAUAUUUCUCUUAAAAGUAUGAGUUGUAUAAAAUCACAAAAUGUGUUCCAAAUAUAUUUAUUCUGCUCUACUUUAGUUUGUUAUAAUACUUUCACAUUUGUAGAGUUAAGUGAAUAUUUCAUAAAGUCAACAAAUAUAAUAAAGUUCAGUAAUAGCUUGGAAGUAUCAAUUAUGGAAAAUUACAAAACUGUUUACUGUCAUCUUCUUUUAAACUGUCCAACAUUCGCUGGAGACUAUGAUACAGUGAUUACUGCAACAAAGGUGUAAAAUAUAGGACUGGAAAUAAUCAAAUUGUAUUUUCUAAUAAGUGAAGUAGUCAGUUCUAAAUGAUUAGUUUUAGAUAAGUAAAAUGUGAUUUGUCAAUAUUCUAAGAAACAAUCUGCUAUUUUGUACUCUAUACGGCUUAAAAAGUUUAGUAAUUUUCCAAAAUUGAGACUUCUAAGCUAUUUCAUUCUAUAUUUGAAAUAAGUCAAAAAUUACUCUUCAACAUCUAAAAAAUUAAAAAGUUUCUGCAAUUUGCUUAGACAACUGUUUUUAAGAUUAACAAAGUUAAUUUAUUACCUUCCCUAAAGAUGUAAAUGUCAUUUCCUAAUCAUAAUAACGUUUUUUACUAAUGUUUCUUGCCCCUUUCUUGGAAAUCAUUCCAGUCUACGGUUCCUAGAUAUCAAACGCACCUGUAUUUUAAGAACUCUUUAAAAACAUUAUAGUUACUACUACACAAUUUCAAUAUUACACAAUUUCUAGCCAGGUUAAAAACUGCAUAUGUAAGCAAUUUAGUCGAAAACAUUUUCUGCCUUUUUAAAUGCAAAAGUAGACAUUAUGCAUUUAGUGUUUGUUGUUUUUUUAUCCUCACAAAUGAAAAGUAUUUUAGUUGUAUAAAAUAUGUAAGGGCUUUCCAGUUACCCUUUUGAAUUUAAUUCAAGGUAUUAUUUCUUGCGAGCAUAUCGGGUUUGGUAACCAUAGAUUACCACAUGGUGUUAAAAAAUUAGUUAUUAUAAUAUAUUGAUUGUGCUAUGUUACCUUUUAAGCUUUUUAUAUGGAGCUUACAUUAAGCUAGUUUCAUUAAUUUGUGAAAAUUUAACUUUUCUAUUAUUUUAUUUUUUAAUACAUUUUUAAGUUGAUAUAUGGCUGGAUUUUCAUAUAUAGAAAAAUUGGUUGCGAUUUUGUUAAAGUUUUCAGAAACAGUUUUUGUCAAAAUGUUAGUCGUAUUUGUAUUUUAAUAUUAUGUUUAAGUUAUCAAAAAUACUUAUGAUUUAAAAUCUAAUUAAUUUUAGAGAUUUAGCUAACCAUGACUUGAUUCACUAUAGGUAUUCAAAGAUAUAAUUCAGUACAUCCCUCCAGGACUGAUCUUACAAGUUUAGUUUUGUAGAAACUCUUAAUCAAAAUUUAGCGUAAGACUACUAUUUAACAUUGUAAAAGACUGCUUUAUUUUUUUAGAAUAUUUAUUGUAAAAAAACAUGUGUGUACAAGUAGGAAAGUUAAUUGUGGUUUGAAUGUAAUUCCUUCCAGUAUUGUAUAUGGGUAUUAAUCCAGGUUAUGACUACCUUUCAUAAUUUGAAGUAGUUUAAAACUUCUAUGUAGUGGGAAGGAACUAAAUGGGUAAGGUUUUGUAUGGCUGUAUUGUUGGUUAUUUAUGUUGUUAAACUUAGCGUAGAAAAUAAAGUUAAAUUCUUGUUAAAACCAA